CUUGAUAAUCACGCCGUGUUAUUGUUUGUCGCUGGGUAUUGGAAGAACAGCUGUCAUGGAAAGCUUUCGAAAGACGGAAGGAAUAUAUAAGGGGGCAUUGGUCUGGCCCAAUUCCAAACUCGUCCCGUCAAUAAUUAGCAGCCAACUGCACCAGAACAAACUGAUCAUUGCAACUCAAAAAACCCGACGCUGUGAUUCGCACUUUUGAUCACCCAGCCAUCCAAACACCAUGUCUACAAUCAAGAACGUUGCCCUUGUUGGUGCGGCCGGCAACCUCGGUUCUGUCGUUUUCAACAAGCUUGUUGCCUCGGGAAAGUUCCACGUGAAAGUCCUCCGUCGACUGGGCUCCACCUCCGCCUUCCCACAAGGCACUGAUGUCGUCGACGUCGACUUCUCCUCUCUUGAGUCGUUGAAGGCCGCCUUGCAAGGCCAAGAUGCCGUCAUCUCCACCCUCGCAAGCAUGGCAAUCGAUACCCAGCGCCUCUUGGUCGACGCUGCCAUUGCCGCUGGCGUGAGUCGCUUCAUCCCGUCCGAGUUUGGGUCCAACCUCAACAACCCAAAGACACGGCAGCUCCCCGUUUUUGGCCCCAAGGUCAAGCUACAAGACUACCUGAUCGAGAAGUCCAAGGGCGGAGACUUGACUUACACCGUCGUGUACAACUCGGCCUUCCUGGACUGGGGCCUCGAGCAAGGCUUCAUCCUCAAGACCUCCGAUUACAAGCCCACCAUCGUCGACGGCGGUGACCUCUUGUUCAGCACCACCACCAUCUCGAGCAUCGCCGACGCUGUCGUCGGCAUCUUGAGCCAUCCAGACGAGACAAAGAACCGGGCUGUCUUCAUCAGCGACGCCGUGGUUACUCAGAAUCAGCUCCUCGCCCUCGCCAAGACGCUGGCUCCGAAUAAGCCUUGGGCGCCAACCUACGUAAAACUGGACGACUUGACUGCAGCGGCGGAUGCCAGGCUGGCCAAGGGUCUUCUCGGCCCGGAGACAUUUGUGCCGUACCUCUACCGUUCCAUAUUCGAUCCAGGAUACGGCGGCAACUUCCAAAAGACGGAUAAUGAGCUGCUUGGUGUGAAGGGGAAGACCGAGAAGGACAUCAUUGAGAUUCUUAGGCCGCUUCUGACAUAGAGGGAUGGUCUCUGGAUCUAGAUCUGUUUGUCGUUGUCAGUUUGUUGCCGAUAAGUGUUAAUUAGAUAGUCGCUGAGAUAAUCUAUGUCUUUUUUUCUCCGAUUCUCAUUUCAUCUUAUACUUGACAGAGAGCAUGCAACUGAUGCCGUGGGGUGACUGAGAAGAUGGGGUCCUGUUUCUGGAAGGUUGAGCAGGGAAGCCCAUCUUUGCCUGUCUUGCCCAUAUCGACGUUGCGAGAACUAGUUAAG